CAAAAUUGAUAGUAAUAAAUAAUUGCCGGUAUCCCCAGUGCUUUCGUUCCACUGCAUUUUCCUCAAAAUUAGGGUUAGGGUUUUUUCCAUCAACGGAACUCCGGAAGCCCUCUUAAUAUCUGCUCUCUUAUAGAUCUCAGUUUUUAGUCAAUGGCAAGCAGAGGCUCAGGAAGUGGACUCCCUUAUCGGGGUGGCGGCCGCCGCGGAGGCAGAGGAGGAAGAGGAGGCAGAGGAGCAGGAGGUGCAAUCGGAGGAGGAGCCGCAGCCGGAGACAAUGGUGGAGAUCCUAAACCUGGACUGAGAAAACCGGUGUUUGUUAAGGUGGAUGAUCUGAAACCUGGUACCAGCGGCCACACUUUAACGGUCAAGGUCUUGGAAGCCAAUACAGUUCUGAACAAGAAGCCUCGCAAUCCCGCGUCGUCGUUUCGUGGGCCGUCACUUCAACAACAGCAGCCCAGUCGCAUUGCUGAAUGUCUUGUCGGUGACGAGACGGGAACAAUACUCUUCACUGCGCGAAACGAUCAAGUUGACUUGAUGAAGGCAGGCAAUACCGUGAUCCUCCGCAAUGCAAAAAUUGACAUGUUUAAGGGUUCUAUGAGAUUAGCUGUUGAUAAAUGGGGUCGCAUUGAGGUGACUGAACCUGCGCAGUUUGUGGUCAAAGAAGAUAACAAUCUGUCCUUGGUAGAAUACGAGUUGGUGAAUGUCGUUGAAGAAUCUUGAAUGUUUGCCAUAUGUUCUGAUUUCAUGAUGGCGAUUUCCGUACAUUUUGUUUGUGACCGUGGGUUCUGGUAUACAUGCCUGAGGAGUUUUAGUAGAUUUAUAUUUUGUUUUUAUAGUUAACUUGUGACAAGACUAAUCUAAUCUUAUAUUUUUUUAGUUACUUUGUGAAAGAUUGCGUCUUUGUUUUGCCAUCUAAGCAUGUGAGGGUGGUGAAACCUCAAAUUUUUGAGGUGUUCAUAUGGUUUCGGUUGCGCUAUUUUGGAGAUAGGGCUGUCUCAAUAUUAGUACUUGUGUUCUAUUGUUUUUGACAUUGGUGGAAAUGAAAGUUGUUAUUCUCAGUUAAUCCGCUCCUCAUUCUGUAUUUCUCUAUCUGCCAUUAUCACUCUAUUUGUCAGCUCUGAUGAUUAUUUCAUUUGGAAGAUAGUUGUGUG